AUGGCCUCCUUAAAGCUACCUACUCUUCUUCGCACCUCUACGCGCGCGCUGAGAUGGAAUGGCAUCCCCGCACUCACCCCCGGAUUCCGCUCAGUCUCAACGAAACACCCCAAGGACUUCGUGCCGCCAUCAGAAGAUGACUUGCUCGAACUUCGCGAACGUGUUCAAGAUUUCACAAGACGCGAGAUCUCGGCCGAGGUUGCUCAGCGAACAGACGAGCUGAAUGAGUUCCCUGCCGAUAUGUGGCAAAAAAUGGGUGAUGCUGGAUUCCUCGGUGUUACCGCUGACGAAGAUUACGGCGGUUUGGGGAUGGGAUAUCAAGCGCACUGUGUUGUGAUGGAAGAGAUCAGUCGUGCAUCAGGAAGCAUUGGUCUCUCUUAUGCGGCCCACUCCCAACUUUGCGUGAACCAGCUUUCUCUGAAUGGAUCAUCAGAACAAAAGGAGCGCAUCCUUCCAGGCUUGCUAUCUGGUGAGAAGGUCGGCGCCCUGGCAAUGUCAGAACAUUCAGCGGGCUCCGACGUCGUUAGCAUGAAAACCACAGCGAAGGAGGUGGAUGGAGGCUGGCUGUUAAACGGCACCAAGAUGUGGAUCACCAAUGGCCCUGAUGCCGACUACGUUGUUGUCUACGCUAAAACAGAGCCAGAGCUGGGGUCCAAGGGUAUCACAGCUUUCAUAGUUGAGAAGUCCUUCAAGGGCUUCUCAUGCGCACGCAAAUUGGACAAGCUCGGCAUGCGCGGCUCAAACACAGGAGAACUCAUAUUCGAGGACGUCUUCGUUCCCCGGGAGAACCUUCUAGGAGAGGUGAACCGUGGAGUCCGAGUCUUGAUGGAAGGUCUCGACCUGGAGCGAUUAGUUCUGAGUGCCGGACCGCUUGGAAUCAUGCAGGCGGCCCUUGAUCUAGUCCUGCCCUACACCCACGUCCGCAAGCAGUUUGGCUCUCCAAUCGCUCACAACCAACUGGUUCAGGGCAAACUUGCAGAUAUGUACACUAAACUGGCUGCCUCGCGCGCCUUCACAUACAGCACAGCACGGCAAGUAGACAACGCAGCCGUGAGACCCGGCGAGAUGGCCGUCCGUACUCACGACUGCGCCGGCGCAAUCCUAUAUGCCGCCGAGCGAGCAACUGAAUGCACUCUCGAUGCUAUCCAGUUGAUGGGUGGAAGUGGAUACAUCAAUGAGAUUCCAGCGGGACGACUUCUGCGCGAUGCCAAGCUGUACGAAAUUGGAGCUGGUACCAGCGAGAUCCGCAGGAUGGUUAUUGGUCGUGCCUUUAACAAAGAGUACGCUUAG